AUGGUGAGCUUGAGCGGCGUGGUUGCCAUCGCCGCCUCUGGCGCGGCCAUCUUCAUCGUUUUCUCGGUCGUCGCUAUCGUCGUCUGGGUUCGAGUUCGAAAAGAGCGCCAUGCGUUGAAGGUACUGGGGCUCAAACAAGGGGAGUUCUCCCGUGGCCUGCAUACCUUCACGGGAAACACCUUGACCGAACUAUCAAAUGAGGAAGGGACUGCUCUCAGGGCGCAUGGCCAGUUACCCUAUGGGAAACCGACAGAAUGGGGUCAGUUAGCCUCUCGAGAAAGUCUGCUGCGGCUGAAGAACAGCUCGGACUCGUCGUUCCCUCUCGCCGAAAAAGCCCGAUCACUGCGAAACUCACUCCGUCGGUCUCAAUCCAAACGACUGUCAAGGUCCUCGCACAAGCGCAUGAGCUCCAUGGCCACUGUGAGCGAGAUCCAACAGCCCAGCCCUCCUCGGCCCUUAAUUUCAAAGGAGGACAUCCCUCUUUCCGCGAUCGAGGGAGUUCUCGAACUUUCAGCCGAGCGGACACCCCGUCAAACUCCCGAAAUGAAUCAAGAUGAGGAGGGUACUGGUUUUAUCCUAGGGAUGCGACCAGUCUCUCCAGGAUGGCCCUUGCCCAGCCAAAAGGAUCGAUCCGGCCCGUUCCCAGUUCUAGAAAACAGAAACUCGCAAGACAUGUUCGACCCACCUCCACGCGUUUUCGAGGAAUCUCCACAGCGACUUCGAGGGGGUAGUAUCACAAGCCAAAGAGCAGGUACUAUUCCCGAAGAGAUUCCUCCUCCUCCGCCAGCAGCUGCAUGGCCUCCCGACAGACUCAGCUACGCAAGAAACGAUUCUUCUAUGAGACUCUCGUCCAUGAGCCUCGAUACUUGCAACAGCUCUAUUCUCGAUGAUGGCAGGUUCGGUCCCAGGUCUGCUGAUACCGAGCUUACUUCGCCUAUCUUCCCGUCUGGUGGUACAUUUGUUCCGUAUAGCGCCAACGACGUCGGUGUAAAGAACGGACGCCGCAGCUUCAUUGCCGCCAACACUUCUCAGGGCACGUCACCCCUGCACAAUUUCCCCGUUCGUUCUUCAUCGACCGCCGAAGCUCGUCGGAGAUCGUCAAUGGAACCUAUGGAGCCUCGUCGCAGUAUGACCACGGCUUCUCGGAACCCCAGUAAUGGAAGCGAUCGAUUUGGUGGUUUCCCACGUCGUACUGAUUCAGUCUCCUCUAAUGCACCCCAGAGGCAUUCAUCACUUCGUAGUGGAACUCCGAUCUCCAUGGCCAGCUUCCAGAACCCGACCACACCCAACAGGCGAUCACCUGCCUCUCAGAUGGCCUAUGUGCCUCACUUCAGCCAAUUCAACCACCCAAAUAUCUAUGAUGAGCAGCGUGAGAACGAUCCUUUCUACGGUGGCUCGCCUCAAUCCAACGGAACCUUGUUCUCAAUGGGGUCACCCAGUCAAGGUGGUGGUUCAAUGCCUCCGAGCCCCAUGCAACGGUCCAGUCUGUCUCUGCGAAGCUCAUUGCCAUCUGCACUGAAGGGUAGUAACUCUCAGCGUAAGGGUCACCGACGCCAGAACUGUGUCCGUAUCUCCAUCCAUCCACCCAUGACCUUUGGGGGAUCUACGUUCUCUCCGACGGUUGAAGAGGAACCCGAUGACCUCGAUGCAAUGGAGGAAGUGGAUUUGCGGGAAAGCGCCAUCAAUGGUCCAGCGAAGCCACCCCCCGUUCUUUCAACCAAUACAUCGCCAACGCCUUUGUCAAAGCGCGGUAGUCGACGUACCAAGCCUGCUGCCAGCACUCUCGGCCCUCUUGCUGAAGAGCCACAGUCAGUUCAGUGCGAUUUGAACAGCACACCAUCCAAGAAGAGGAAGCAAAGUCCCGGUUCAGGCGAAGCGAAUAGCAUCUCCGGCAAGAACCACAACCUACCCGAGCUCUUCACUGCACUGCCACCAUCCACUGGACUGAGCCUGUCUCAUACUCCCUCCCCGGAUCGAACACCUGGUGGAUUCUGGUCAAUACCGGAGGUUCCCUCCCAGACAUACGACAACGCUUCGAGUACCGGUAGCCCACGUCGAACAGCCGUCAAGGGUCCACGCACUCAGCCUGGCAAACCUGCCCGUAGCAGCUCGACACACCACCGGCCCAAGCCUCUAGACCCUCUCAUGGAAGUCAGCUCACCCACCGGUCUGUCUCUUAUCACUGGUACCCAGGGCAGCGACUGGCGCAAGUCCACCGAUUCCUUGCAGCGCAACAACACCGACGCAGGUGAUCGCUCACUUCGACGCUCUCGCGAGCUGAACGGCUCCCUGGCAAGCGGACUCGGCACGAAUAUCGACCCAUCCUCGCCUCUAUACGGUACACGAGGAAGAAGCAACACCGUCCGUGAUCGAGUCACGAUCUGGGAGGACGCCAACCGCAGUGCCUCGCCGCCGAAACCGCCUGCCGCGCAUUUCCCUGGUCUCUAUACUUUCCCCGAAAGCACCUCGCCAACAAACAAGCAAAGCAUCCCUCGCUCGCUGUCGCGCAAUGAGAACUCCCCUCCGCGCCCGGGAGGUCAGCGCAUGCCGCCGACGCCCAACUCUGCUCGCAAGGGUAUGACGACGCCGACGGGUAAAGCGCUUGGUCUUGGAAUUGGCUGCACGGGUACCCCGGCCAGUCUGUACGAUGGUGAUGGAUUCUUGCGAGAGUAG